UUGAGGCGGUUGCCUGUAGAAGGAUUUUCCGCUGGACUCGUAAACGACGAUGACAUCUACAAAUGGGAGGUUCUUGUUAUUGGACCACCAGAUACUCUCUAUGAGGGUGGGUUCUUCAAGGCCAUACUAGAUUUUCCAAAGGAUUACCCGCAGAAGCCACCGAAAAUGAAGUUCGUAUCGGAAAUCUGGCAUCCAAAUAUUGACAAGGAAGGGAAUGUUUGCAUUUCAAUUCUUCACGAUCCAGGGGAUGACAAGUGGGGUUAUGAACGACCUGAGGAACGUUGGCUUCCCGUACACACGGUUGAGACGAUACUAUUGUCCGUUAUUUCUAUGCUAGCUGAUCCCAACUUUGAGUCACCUGCUAAUGUUGAUGCCGCGAAAAUGCAACGAGAGAAUUAUUCUGAGUUCAAGAAACGAGUGGCUGCAUGUGUUCGCAGAAGCCAGGAGGAGUGA